AUGAGGACGAAUUUCAGCCGGAGACCGCUCUCCACUUCCAUCGUUCAACUCACCGUCAGGGUCUCCUCGUCCUCCAGUCGAGCUGCUUCCCAUCCCGAGGCCGCUGACGUCUGCUCCUCCUUCUUCCUUGUCGACCUCGCAUCCUUCUCCACCAGUGCCGAGCUGGAGGCGCAGGGCUCCAACAUGUACAAGUCGCUCUACACCCUCCGUCUCAUCCUCCAGAGGCUAUCCGACAGUCAGAAGUCACAGGGCGGGAACUUGGUGCUUCCAUUCCGAGAGAGUAAGCUGACUAGGCUGCUGAAGCCUUGUCUGGACGGGACCUCUAGGCUGUGCCUUGUCUGCACCCUCUCUCCUGCUACUGAGUCGGAGGACGCAUCCCUUCAGACCCUCGCGUUCGCAGCUGCUGUGUCUAGCAUCCACCAAGACGCUUGCUCGGUGUCUUCAAAGGCGUCCAAGAUAGCAAACCAGUGCGAAUGCGACAAGUGCAGCAUUCCAAAACAUUACUCAGCCGCUCGAGAUGUCUUCAGAGAUCUCUUUUCCUUCUUCAGGGUCUUCAAGUCCCAGCAGAAAUUCCAGCUGCCCAAGGUAGUGGUAGACGAGUGCCUGUCAACUUUUGGGAACGAAGUCGAGAGGAUCCGGACGGCAUGUGGAGAGGUCAAGAGCAAUAUGAACUUCAAGCUCGUCAAGUCGCUGUCCCUGGACGAGAGCGAGCUGGCUCGAGCCUCCUCCUCCUCCUCCUCCUUCCCGCCCCCGCCGUCCUCCUCCUUGCCUCGGUCCUCGUCGUUCCUUCCUGACAUCCGCAAGAGCUUGCAGAGCAGGCAGAAGAGUCGCAGAACUAUCACGAUGGACAAGAGAAGGUCAAUGCCCUCGUCGUCGAUCAUAUCAGAGACUAUGAAGAUUGCUGCUGGUACAGCUCGCAAGUCGUGCGAUGGGGCGAUAAAUCCUGCUUACUUGGACAUGAUCGCCUCGGUGCUGGACAAGUGCGAACUGAUGCUGAAAGAAUGCCAAGAAUAUUCUCAACAGCAGCGUGACAGCCAUCAAGCCUCUAAGGCGAUUGACUUGAAGCUUGAGGCCCUGAAGAGUGAUGAUGAUGAUAAUGAUAAUGAUGAUGAUGGAUCUUCGUGGACUCAACGACAUUCUCGAGCGACUGGCCAGGAUGAGAAGAAGCAGAACAGCACAACUAGCGACGACUACUGA